CUAUUUCAGUAUUGUACUCCAGUUGGCAGAAGCUUUCCAGUCAAGGUUCUUCCCAUCUGUUGACUCUAGAGUUAUUUAAAUGCAGGUGACAGGAAUUAAACUGAGCUGUGAAUCAUUAUGUGGCUUUUGAUUCUAAUAAGGAUAGCUUUGGAACCUCGCUAGUGUGAAAUCUUCAAAACUUCUUACUUAAAUAAUUUAUCUCUAUAGGUUAACCUAAAACUCUUCUCCAAAGUUGUCCCUUUGCUGAUUCAAAGUGUGACUAAGAACUGGAACAGACUUGAAUUAAAAGCUAGCUUCCUGAUGGCUUGAGAGCGUGGUGUUUAUACACCGCACACCCCCAAGUCAUCUUGAAGUUGCCCAGCUGUUUACAAGUGGGUGGCUUCAAGACAUUUUUAUGCCAUGCACCACCAGAGCACCUUCCAGCCAGCUUCAAGAUGCUGCAGGGUGUGAAAAGCUGGCCUUUUGCCAGAAGAAAAAAGCAGAUCUUUGCUGGUUCUUUUUCAGUCAGGGAAAAGUUGGGUUGGGGCAGCAGUGUGUGUUCACCACAGUCCCAAUCCAUCUUCAGAAGGGGCAGCUUCAAGCCCCAGUCUGUAUUUUGUCAUCUACCUUGACAUCAUUAGUACUUGCUGAUAAGUGGCUUAAGCACCAAGAUCUAAUGAAAACCCCUCUUUUCUAGACUUGUUGCAAAUCCUGGAGAUGGCAAAUUUAACUAUUGAAAAUACUGGUUUACUCAUUAACAUGUAUGCAUGGAAGAAUGUGUCUGAUGCAUAUAUCUCUGGAUGUGUGUAGAAAUUCAGUUUUUAGAAGUACUUUUUCUGAAAAGCACUGUUUCAAUUCCAGCAAAAAGUCAUAGCCCUUACUAUCUAUAUUUGCAUUUUCAGUCAGAUCCAUCACACAUUUGUACUUGUGAUAAGACAGCACUAAAGAAAACAAUAAGAGGAUAGGACGCCAUGCCUCUAGAAAUAAUUGUAUGUUAUUAUUCAGUUAUGAGAGCACUGUAAAACACAGUGUUUGUGCUGCAAAGUGAUUGCAAAACUUUGACCUAGAUCUGGAGGAGAUCUGCAUGUAGAAGUUCAUAUUUAAUACAUUUCAGAAAUGGGGACUGUCAUCCCACACACACAAACAUUCUGCUGUCUUUCAUAGUUGUUCAUGGCUCUGUGUGUGUGUGUGUGGUGCUCAUCAGUUGUGAACCCUGAACAUUAUUGGCUUGAUGCUGUACCCAGCUGGUAUAUUCAUCCUUUCUAAUCUGUAAGGCACCCCACAGAAGCAGCAUGGUGUAGUAGUUUGAUCAUUGAUCUAUGAUUCUCAAGACCAGGAUUCAAAUCCUCACUCAAGCAUAAAACCCUGUGUGACCUUAGGCCUCAGAGGAUAGCAGCGGCAAACCCUCUCUGAAGAAACUUGCCAAGAAAACCCUAUGGGUUGCUAUAAGUCAAAAUUGACUUGAAGGCAUACAACAACACCACAACAGGCUACAAAAUCUUCCCUAAACUUGGCUGAACAAUAACCAAAGCUGUGUUGGUAUGUUUUGUUUUAUUUUAUUCUAUUUGAGUCCUUACCGGGUUGGGAAAGUUAUAGAAUGAGGACAAACCUGGGAGGCAGUUAUGUUUUAGCAAAGUGAAAGGAGUGGCCAGAAUCACUCUUUGACUCAGUUGCAUUCUCAACAAAUGGUUGCUCCUGGACUUUUGUGUUGUGCCUAGGCUUGAGUGCCUUGUAAAUGGAUCAGUAGCCACGCUUGAACUGUUUUAUUUAAAGAACCAAACAGAAGUUGUGAAGACAACGUACUACUUUUAAGACUGUGUACAUCCGCAGUUUCUUGGGGGUUUGUAUUAAAAUACAUUUGUUAUAAAUCCAUUUUGAGUCAUUCAGUCUGCUUUUAAUCAGUCUAACCUGCUAACUGAGUAAAUAUUCCUGCCCAAUUUCUUAAGAAAACAAAGGCAAUUCAUUGAUGUCUCCUUUGGAGUUCAAUGCCAACCUAAAAGUGCUUAAAUUUGUCUGGAGGGUGCAUUCUGCUACAGUAACCUGGAGGUGGGGAAGCUGUGUCCCUCUGGAGUUACUGGGCUCUAAUUGAUUUCAGCCAGUAUGGACAGUGGUUGAGGAUACCAUUGUAACAGCAUCUAGUAAUCCAUAGGUUCCCUUCCCUUGCUUUAACCAGUGUUCAGCCUGCCCAUGUUCACCCCCCAUAUGGACCUCUGCAAGGGUUAAGAUCAGUCUGUGAGUCCUUGCUUCAAAUUUUGUCUAGUUUGGGAGUCUAAUUGGAUUCCCAGGGAGCAGUGUCUUUAUGAUUAUAGUCCCAGAGGUCUGGAAUAACCUUCAAAGAGCUGUCUGCAUAUCUCCCUCUUUAAUGUCAUCUUCUAAAUAAGUGAAGAUUGUUCUGCUGUUUUCUGCAUCUGGAAAUUAACACCUGCUACUAUGUUUAUUCUGUUCUUGCUUCUGUUGCCCAAAUUGCUUGGCUACCAAAAUGGUGCCACAAAUUAAUAUAUAAUAAGGGAAAUUUAAUAGCUCAAAUCAAUAGUAGUGAGAGGAUUCCAGGUAACUUCAGAGAUUCAGGAUGCCAGUCUGUGUUUAACAGGUACUACAACUAGAACAAGUGCAAAGUGCAACCUAAUUUUAUUGAUUAAUAGCAAAGCGAAAAAUCACCAUUCACACAAUAGCAUUUUACAUUCACAUAAGAACUAAUGAAAGUAAAGGUAGUAGCUUGUAGCAAGGUUGAGGGAAGGCAAUACCUUACCAGUCCAAUCAUUGGAUGAUGGAAGUCACAAUAGCUCAACAACAUUCCUGCCUGAUUUAGACUGAGCCAACGUAUCCGUGCCAAGGUAGGCUUUUUAUAGAGUCUUGAGGCAGUUGGGUGGAUUUCCCAGGCAUCUCAAAAGUAAUGGGAUCCCCAGCUAGUUGAUGGUUUUAAUUUCAGAAUGACAAAAGGAAUAUUUUUGGUUGAUAACAGUGACAUUGAUUUAAUCAAGCAGUAAUAAGAUCUGUCAGGCUGGAUGGCCAUCUGUCAGGGAUGCUUUGAUUUGGAUUUCCUGCAUGGCAGGGGGUUGGACUGGAUGGCCCUAGUGGUCUCUUCCAACUCUAUGAUUCUAUGAUUCUAAGACAACCCCAGUCAUAAAGGUCAUCUGACUUUUCCAAGUUUGCUCUCUGUAACUGCUAUUAUAAUAAAAGGUAACAAAUCUCUUCCCUGCUCUGUUCCAGAAGUUAUGAGCAGAUGGCUGAAGUUGAAACCUGUUUGAAAGCAUCCAAUAAUCUACAUAACCUUAAAGUAUUUCAGAAGGGACAGCUGUGUUAGUCUGCCUUUUGGAAUCAGUGGGACUCCUGAAGUACAUUUUGUUCCAGAUCAGGGAUCAGAUUUUCUGUUAAAGCAGUAAUGCCCGGAAACACAAUACUCUUGUUAACUGAGGCCAGUGAAGCCAUGCAGAACGGUGACAUGGAAGGCGAAGCAGUUGAGGCUAUUGGCGAAGAGUCUGAAACUUUUAUUAAAGGCAAAGAAAGGAAAACCUAUCAAAGGCGUCGGGAGGGUGGGCAGGAGGAAGAUGCUUGCCCAAUGCCUCUCAACCAGGCAGAUGGAACUGAGGUAGUACAAGAUGUAAAUACUGGUGUACAGAUGGUCAUGAUGGAGCAGCUAGAUCCAACACUGCUUCAGAUGAAGACAGAGGUCAUGGAGGGUGCCGUGCAACAGGAAGCUGAUGCUACUGUAGAUGACACACAAAUAAUAACCUUGCAAGUUGUAAAUAUGGAAGAGCAGCCUAUAAACCUUGGUGAACUCCAGCUUGUCCAGGUACCUGUUCCAGUGUCUGUACCUGUUGCUACCACUUCAGUGGAAGAACUUCAGGGGGCCUAUGAAAAUGAGGUCUCAAAAGGAGGCCUCCAAGAGGGGGAGCCCAUGAUUUGCCACACACUCCCUUUGCCGGAAGGCUUCCAAGUAGUAAAAGUUGGGGCAAAUGGUGAGGUGGAGACUCUGGAGCAAGCUGAACUUCAACCCCAAGAGGAUCCUAAUUGGCAGAAGGACCCAGACUAUCAGCCCCCAGCCAAAAAGACAAAGAAAACCAAAAAAAGCAAGCUCCGUUACACUGAAGAGGGGAAAGAUGUGGAUGUGUCAGUUUAUGAUUUUGAAGAGGAGCAGCAGGAAGGCUUGCUGUCAGAGGUCAAUGCAGAGAAGGUGGUGGGCAACAUGAAGCCUCCCAAGCCAACAAAAAUUAAAAAGAAAGGGGUGAAAAAGACAUUCCAGUGUGAACUGUGCAGUUAUACUUGCCCACGCCGAUCAAACCUGGACCGUCAUAUGAAAAGCCACACUGAUGAGAGGCCACACAAGUGCCACCUUUGUGGCAGAGCUUUCCGAACAGUCACGCUGCUGAGAAACCACCUCAACACUCAUACAGGUACUCGUCCUCACAAGUGUCCUGACUGUGACAUGGCCUUUGUGACAAGUGGUGAGUUAGUUCGGCAUCGUCGCUAUAAACAUACCCAUGAAAAGCCAUUCAAGUGUUCCAUGUGCGACUACGCCAGUGUGGAGGUCAGCAAGUUGAAACGCCACAUUCGCUCUCACACUGGAGAGCGUCCAUUCCAGUGCAGCUUGUGUAGUUAUGCCAGCAGAGACACUUACAAACUGAAGAGGCACAUGAGGACCCAUUCUGGUGAGAAGCCCUAUGAGUGUUAUAUUUGUCACGCUCGCUUCACCCAGAGUGGGACUAUGAAGAUGCACAUCUUGCAGAAGCACACAGAGAAUGUGGCCAAGUUUCACUGCCCUCACUGUGACACUGUUAUUGCACGGAAGAGUGACUUAGGUGUCCAUUUGCGGAAGCAGCAUUCCUACAUUGAGCAGGGCAAGAAGUGCCGUUACUGUGAUGCUGUGUUCCAUGAGCGAUAUGCACUCAUCCAGCAUCAGAAAUCUCACAAGAAUGAAAAGCGCUUCAAGUGUGACCAGUGUGACUAUGCAUGUCGACAGGAGCGGCACAUGAUCAUGCACAAGCGAACCCACACUGGAGAAAAGCCUUACGCCUGUAGCCAUUGUGAUAAAACUUUCCGUCAGAAGCAGCUGCUUGACAUGCACUUCAAGCGCUACCAUGACCCAAACUUUGUCCCGGCUGCCUUUGUCUGUUCCAAGUGUGGCAAAACAUUCACACGCCGUAACACUAUGGCCAGACAUGCGGAUAACUGCACAGGACCUGGUGGUGUAGAAGGAGAAAAUGGAGGGGAACCCAAGAAGGGGAAACGCGGUCGAAAGAGAAAGAUGCGCUCCAAGAAGGAGGACUCCUCUGACAGUGAGGAAAAUGCUGAGCCGGAGUUGGAUGAAAUCGAAGAGGAGGAUGAGGAGGAGACAGCAGUUGAAAUAGAGGCUGAACCUGAAGUGGAACCUGUGGCUCCAGCACCACCACCAGCUAAGAAGCGAAGAGGAAGGCCACCAGGCAAAGCCAAUCAACCAAAACAGCCCCCAUCAACAGCAAUCAUUCAGGUGGAAGACCAGAACACUGGUGCAAUUGAAAACAUUAUAGUGGAAGUCAAGAAGGAGCCUGAAGCAGAGACUGUAGGAGCUGCAGCAGGAGCCCAGCCAGCUGCAGUGGAAGCGCCCAACGGAGACCUCACCCCAGAGAUGAUUCUGAGCAUGAUGGACCGGUGAUGGAGGAACAGUUGUGCUCUGACUUAAUCUGACCUGGGCUCUUUGGAUGUGACUCAAUCCCUAUUUUGUUGUUCUUUUUACUUUAUUUUUGGCUUUGGAAAAUACAUCAUUUUUUACACCAUUUUACAAAACAAGCCAGGAAGCAAAACUUCAAAUGAUGUUAGAAAGUGAUUUGCCUAGAACACUCUCUGUUUAAUGUUAGCCUAACCGGAUCAUGGAACAUGGGGCAAUUUUUAAGUCUUCAAGGGUCGCCAGCAAGUCUGUCAAUCCAGUUAGCUCUGAACGGCGUAGUGACAGGCCAUGGACAACCUUCACACAUACAAUGUCAGGGGGAAGCAGAGGCCCAGUCUCCAGUCUCCACCAACUGCUCUGGAUCUGCUUGCACGUUCCUUGAAGCCCUCUAGCCUCGUUUCUCACUAUAGAGAUUUUUAAUUGUAAAUGCAGACUCGGGAGAGUUGUAAAACUUUUAUUGCAUUUUGGUUUUGCCUUUUUCUCUUCAUCCCUCUCCUCACUGGCUCCCUGUCAGCACUAUAGGUUCAGCAUGCUCCAGCUGGUGUCUCUUUCCAGUUGCUUUGCUUUCUGCAGGGCAUCUCUGUAAUGAUCAAGCUUGUAAAUAACUCUUUUUUUACAUUUUAAUCUUUUUUCCCAUUUGAUUAAGAGGUUUGAAGGGUGGGGAGGGGAAAAUGCAGUUUAAAAAAAAAGAAAGCCCUGUUGUUUUAAACUAUUGCAAAAUGAAAUUAUGCAGGAAUUGGUAUAGAUAUACUGGGAAUUUAUCAAGUUGGUGGAAUAAUGCUACCCAAGUGUUAGAAAAUCCACAUCCUAACUCGGUUUCUAAGGACAUGGACAUGGUCUUGUAAUGUGUCAUUUAAACUCUCUUCUUGAGUUUCACAUUUUCACAGCUCUUGCUUUUCUUUGCUUUCAUUUUUUGUGUUUAUUAAUUCUGUGUUAAAAGCCAAGGUGUUAAUUUGUAAUAGGGCUUCCAUGCCCUGGAAACCUAGGGCAGGAAAUUUUACUAGGUCAGUAAUUAUAAGAUUUGGGAUCUUUAAUUAAAAAGAGAAAAAAAUAAUAAUAAUGUGAAAUACAAAAAUGAUGCCUGUAUAUGAACCAUCACAUGUUCAAAAUGCGUAAGCUUUUUAUAGAGCCUCAGUCUUGCUGAUUUCAAAAAACCUUUCUUCUAUGUAUCGCUUUUAAGAGAGCUAUCAGGUUAGCUAUCCGAUUCUAGGUUGAUGCAUUUUUGUACUUAGCUGUACUGUGUGAUAUUUUUCAUUAUUUUAGGAAACCAACAUGAAAUACAAUGUUAUAAAGUACAUAAGGGGGUUUGGACUCUGGGAAGGAGAAUAUACUGCUGUACAGCUAAUAAAUAAUAAUGAUUA